CUGCUAUUUCAGGUGGUGGCUCAAAAAACAAAACCUUCGGAAAAGGAGAAAAAAGCCACUCAAGGAGCCACAUCAACGACCACUCGACCACCGGUUUCCGAUAAAGCUGCUGCCCAUGGUGAUAAAUCCCAAAAACCUCAAACUGGUCUAACCGCAGACCGCAAAAAGCCCUUAGCGAUACGAAUUGCUCCAGCCAAUAAAGACGAGACGAAAGGGACGAAAAAAGACGCCAACGAGGAACGACCUGUGAAGGACGCCCGAGGGCCAACGGGAGAGAGGAGACGGCCAGUGGGAGAGAGGAGCGAUCGAGUGGUGGGUACCCGAGGACGAGGUAUGGGUGCGCCGAUAACUGGAACUGCGGGUCGACUAGCACGAGGAGGUGCAGCGGGAGGCAUCGAGCGGGCCGGCGCUACCACCACAAGAACCACACCAACAAGAACUGCAGCUUCUGCGAAGCUAGCUGGUAGCGGACCGGUGAAACGCACCCCUCUACAAAGCAAUCGUAGAAAAGCGGUUUCACCAAAUAAACAGGUAAAACUACCUGGAGACAUUGUCAUAACACUGAUUUUAUGUGAUGCCACAGCAAUGCUGCUAUUGGAAUGCUGGAGAACCAACUUUUUUUGA